ACAAGAAAAGCGUUCUAUCACGUGCCGAGUACGUGAUCAAUGUGCUAUAAAUCGAAAAUUCAUUACGUACUCACCGUCAUUUGUUAUCAGCCAAGCAACAUCACCAUGAGUAAAAAGCUGUGUCUAAGGUCUCUGGUGAGAAUUUUGCUCAUUGCUGUGACAUCUUUGAAUAUUCUGAUAAUUUUGCUGCAAUUUUCAACUUAUUCUUUGCCUAAAAAAUCAAAAUUAUUUCAUAUUCUUGAGGAUGUGAAUGAGAAUCCGAAUCGAAUGUUUGAUGUUCCCGAAUUCAAGUAUUUGAUUUCCAAACCGAGAUGCAGUCGUAGCAGUUCAGCGCCAUAUUUUGUUACAUUGGUGCAUUCAUCACCGACACAGUUCGAAAGACGAGCGGCUUGCCGAGAUACGUGGGCGCAUUCGGAUCCACGAACGAAAACCUAUUUUCUGAUGGGAAUGGUUCAGUCUUCGUCACUGCAAAAAAGAAUCAACGACGAAGAUGCUCAGUUCAAUGAUAUCAUCCAAGGUAAUUUCAUUGAUUCGUACCACAACCUGACGUACAAACACACAAUGGCAUUGAAAUGGUUCACAGACAAUUGCCCCGACGUCAAGUACCUACUGAAACUGGAUGAUGACGUCUUUGUGAAUGUUCCAGCGCUCCAUGAAUUCUUGUUGAACAACAAAAAAGAUAGGAAAUUUCUACUUGGUCCAUAUAGGGGGAACACUAUAGUUCAACGCAAUGGAAAAUGGAAAGUGACACCUGAAGAAUUCGUCGACGAUCAAUAUCCAGAAUAUGUAGAAGGUUCAUCGGUUAUUUAUUCAAAUGAUUUUGUUCAUGAGGCUUUCAAAAAGACAUUCACAACAAGGUAUUUCUGGAUUGACGAUGUUUAUGUGACCGGGAUAAUUCGGAUGCAGCUGAACGUUAGAAUUGAGCCGAUUGAUCGAUAUCUACUCAGUGGAUCGUUACUAGAAAGCGUUUUGAAUGGAGUAACAACCGAACCAGAGGAACAAUCAUUUUUAUUAAGCGCGCAACAGCUCAAAGCUCAAGACAUUAGAAAAUUAUGGAAAAGUUUUCACAGAAAAGCACAUCAACCCGAAUGAAUGAGAGAAAAUCGAUACAUUUUUAUUUCAUAGCAAUUGAUAUUUUUCGAUCAACUUGGAUGAUUGUUAUAAAAGUGCCCAAAACGAUUUGUUUUUAUCGUUUCAAAAUUAUAUUCCAAAUAUAUGUUAUCAAAAUAAAAUGUAUGAACGUCAUCUGAAUAAAAUGCUCGCCUUAGUAAUUUAAUCCAUUAACAACCAUUGGUCGAUUUUCAAGAGAAAAAAAUGUUUUUCUUUAAAAACUUUGUUUAAAUGAAAUGUGUAUUUUACAAUGAGAAUAUUACAAAAUUAAUGAAAAUAAUUUCGAAGUGGCCGCCUAUUCGAGCUGCAAAUGAAAACAGAAACUUC